AUGCCGGAGGUUCUCCCAGAAGAACCUCAGCAGAAUGGCACAACAACCCAGAGUACUACCCACGAAUCGGAGAACCAUACUGCCUCCUAUCCAACAAAACAGCGGCGUCCCAGCGUAGACAGAGAUGCGCAGGACAUGGUCAUCGAUUCACUGCGUUCUCAAAUUCAGGACCUGAUCUCCCAGGUCAGCCAGCUCAACAACAAGCUCGUCAAAUCAUACGACCGUGUUUCUGACUUGGAGGACGAUCUCCAUGUGGCCUCUGCCAAUGUUCGCAGCUCUUCUCUCAAGAUAUCGCAGCUCGAGCUGGAGAGGACUCAGCAUCUUGCGGCACUAAAUACAGGAUUACUGGUGGAGAAGUCGCAUGUCACCGCUGAGCUUACCCGUCUCAUGGAGAAGGCGACUGAGGAGGCUGCCCAACGUGGACAGGCAGAGUCGGCUCGUCUCGCCAUUGAAAAGGACCUCGACGAUCUGAGCGCAUCACUUUUUGGACAAGCGAAUUCCAUGGUUGCUGAAGCCCGCUAUGACAAGCACCUUAGCGAGCGGAAAGUCGAAGAUGCCGAACGCGCACUGAAGAGCGCAGAGGAAGCCGUGCAGCUCAUGCAAGCCCAGAUGCAAGCCAUGCAAGCCGAAAAGGAGGAAGCUGAGCAAAAGACGCGAGAGAUGGAAGUAGUUAUGGGCAAAGGGAAAUGGAUUGACAGACAAAACGGCGAGAAAACCAUUUCGCUGCGACUGCUCAGCACCCAUUCGCCAUACCAGGAAUAUCUAGCGUUCAUUGCCCAUUUACGUAUUCUCCACCCAACUUCGCCAAACCCCCCUGCAAUGUCCACUCUUCUGCAACUGCCUUUCCUGACGCGGUUAAUGACCGAGGACUCAGAACCUACCGUUCGCCUUGAUAUUGCUCCAUCGUUAAAUUGGCUUUCGCGGCGUUCUGUCCUGGCGGCCAUCCAUUCCGGACAGCUUACGAUCGAGCCCAUGUCCUCUGCUACCUUAUUCGCCGAAACGACAGUACAUCCAACGUCAACUACAAUUGCUGGAAUUAAUAGUAGCAACGACAAUGUAGCCUGUGCUCUUUGCGGUGUGCCAAUUUUCCCGACAUUGGAUCCUCAUAAUUCCUCUCGCCCUCCCAUCCACCCUCAAAGUCAUAUUUACCAGCCACAACCUACAUCAUGGUCAGGCGCGUUCUUCAAGAAAGCAAAUGGAUCCAAUACUGCACCAUCAUCACCCACCGCUCCCAGUUUCCGAAAUAAUUUCGGCUCUCAUUCCAACUCUCAAAUUUUCAUUUUCCGCCUGGCUGCCCCUUCAACUUCGAUAGCAUCCCUCCCCAUUCCAACUCUUACAAAAGCAUCUUCUCAGCCUAAUUCAUCUCCUAUACCCAGCGCAUACGCAUCAUCAAGCAGCAACGGCAUCAUUUCUCAAUCACAUUCUCAGAGCGGAUCACAAAGUGGCCAGCCAACGACAAUAUACCCCUUAUGCAUGUCUGGCUGGUGCUUGCACAGAUUACGGACGACAUGCACUCUCUGGGCGUUCGUGCGCACCGGAAUUGUCGACAAAAUUUGGGAGGAAGAGCUCCCUCCACCUCCACCUCCACCAUCGGCUCACCCAGAGAAGAGCGCGAAUGGCGACAAGCCCCCUGUACCGCCUAGGAAAAGGGGCCUUUGGGGCAUCGCGAGUGCCUUUGGAGAGAGGGCGGCGAGUUGGGGCGAAGGAGAUCGCGAUAAAUCGAAGCGCAACUCUGGUAGCGCGAGCAGUAGCCCUGCUCAACCGGAACUGAGAAGAUUGCCACCACCCCCGCCGCCUGUAAGCGCAGCGCGCCCAUCACCAGUCCCCCCACCACUGCCUAAGAGAAAUGAGGGUCGCGUUCGCACACCAGUAUCUGACCCACCUCCCCCGACCCCUCCUCGAGCUAGUGUAGAGAAGCCCACAGCGGAUGUACACCCUGAAAGUUCCAAUACCGAAGCUCCUGUGGUUGUUGCUGCUACCUCCUCCCCGCGCGUUUCUGCAGACCUGCCGCCCAUCCCCCCGCGUCGAAGCCGCGAAGCCCCUCCGCCUUCACACUCAGAGCCUUCAUCAGACGCGGCGGCUCCUGCUACCCCUCCUCCGCGCCCGCCUCGUGCGCAUACGCCUGUGAGCGUCCCUCUCCCUGAAUCCAGACCUGCAAGCCCCGCAGUGCCCUCACGGACCGCCUCGCCGGCAAACGUAGCUGUUGCUGCUGCCGGCGGGCCGCCACCUCCGUUACCGAGAAGGGCGGCUGCUCGGACGCGUACGCACCUCGACGAGUCGAUGUCUGCCACUGCUAUCAACUCCGGUGUUGCAGAAAGCUCUGUUUCUGUGUCAGAACCUGCUUCUAUUGCUGCUGAUAAAACCGCCUCCAACGCUGAACUUUCAGCGACAGAGGAAGUGAAAGAGGGAGAGAAAACUGUAAAUGAGGUGGUCGCUGAGACCAGCGUUGAGAGUGAAGCGGCAAAGGGGAAAACUGCGUCAUCAGAUCCCGUCUCUCCAGCUGAAUCGCCUGUGGCUACCGAAGGUGCAGCUGUGAGAAAGGAGGAUGAAACUGUUAAAUCUGCUUAUUCCGAAAUAGAGAAGAAGACAGAUGAAUCACCGUCUGAUCCCGACCGAUCCACCCAGCCCUCGCCUGCAUCUGAUGAAUUUGUUGAUGCGCCUACUCCAGGUGAUGAGGCUGAAGAUCCUCUCGAAACAGCCACUCCUGUUAAAAACCAGGAAAAGGAAAAGGUUGACGGUGACAAGGAGGUUGCCGUAGCUCCUGCCAACGGUGUUGAGAAGCUACAGGAAGAGAAUGAGGACGAUAAGCAGACGAUCAUUGAUAGCCCCGCCACUGUUGUUCAUCCCCCACUGCCAGUUGAUGAAACAGAAUCUGCUGAAGUCGCUGAACCGGCGGUCCAUGCUUCGGCCAAUGAGAAAGAGGUUAUUGAAGGAGAGGCUGCCGGUGUGCAGGAUAAGGCGGAGGUGAAUGAUGAUGCACCACCAGUGCCAACGCUUGCCAUUCCUGAAAAAACUCCUGAGGAGAAGCUGGAGGAAGAACGAAGGCGGAGGGAGAAGGAGGAAUGGGAGAAGGCGAACUAUGUGGGCGAGGCGACUUGGGAGGAAAGGACGUGGAAGGAGAUUGUAAGAUUACGGGAGGACAUGUUCUGGGCGCGUGUUGGUGGAAUACGGGAGUAG